GUUGUUUUCAAUUUUAAUUUAUGGCGAUAGCAUCAGAACAGCACGGCGGAAAGCGCCUGAAGCAUUCGCAGCAGACAACGCUCUCGCUCUCGAUUGAUAGACUCAGCGAAUUGCCGGACUCAGUCCUGACUCACAUUCUCUCUUUCCUCAAGACCAAAUUCUCCGCCAGAACCAGCAUUCUAGGUCAAAGGUGGAGGCAUCUCUGGGCUUACGUCCCGAUUUUAGAUUUCCGCCAAGACAAUCAAGAAACCAUCAACAGCGCCAUGCUGCUGCGCAAAGUGCAAACUACUAACUUUCUCCGCCUGUAUAAUUCUUAUUAUUAUCCGUUCGAAUACAGCGACCGUCAACUCCAGACAUGGGUUACCUUUGCCAUGGCGCGCAAUGUGAAACGACUCGAUCUUUUUCUUCAUUCUAUAAACCCUUUGCCCCGAUGCCUCCUCACCUGCAAAACCCUAGUUUAUAUGAGGCUCGUCGCUUGUGGUGUUAACCCCUCAAGUGGCAACGUGUGUUUGCCUUCCCUUAAGGAUCUUGUUCUAUAUUGUGUUUAUUUUGAGUCCGACGAGUCCCUUCAGAACCUGCUAUCCGGAUGUCCGGCGCUUGAGUAUUUGACGAUCAUAUUAAACAGGGAUAUGGUUUAUUGUAAUGUAUCUUCGCCUAAAAUGAAAAGGCUCAGGCUUGAAUUUGUAUCCAACGGCACUACUUGUGGUAGAUGCGACAGGUUGGAGAUAAACGCCCCAGUACUCAAAUAUCUCAAGAUGGUUAAUUCUUUCUUCGAGCAUAUUAAAUGUGGGGUGCUAAACUCCUUAAUUGAAGCCGAUAUCAAUCUUGUCAACGACAAUAACAAACCGGACUAUCUUCUUUAUUCUCGAUCCCUGAUGGAAUUCAUUGACAGGCUUCGCAACGUGAAGCGUCUAAAAUUAGAACUAUCGUAUUGUCCAAAGAUUAUUGAUUCCGUAGUCUAUGAUCGGACGACAAGUUUUUGUAACUUAACCAGACUCAAAUUGACUGCUGAUAUCCGUUUCAUCUCAAUGUUCCUAAAAAACGCUCACAAUCUUGAAUUCAUUGAUUUAUCUGAGUUCGGCGAAGAAACCAAAGGUUGGAUGGAAAAAGUGCCGACAUGCGUAUUAUCGCAUGUUAAAAUUAUAAAGCUUGUUAACAUCAAAGGUAAAAAGCACGAGUUGGGAUAUAUAAAAUAUCUUUUGAGGAAUGCUAAAGUCUUGGAGAGGAUGGAAAUAUCGUAUCCCGGAUCCCUUGCUUGGGAGGAAAAGAUUCAUCUACUCCACGAAAUCUCAUCGUUUCGAAGAGCGUCGGAGGAAUGUGAAGUUGCCUUUGAAUGACUGCAAAAUCCUAU